GGGGCGCAUAAUUUUAUGACCCCUGACCUCGGUUUACCCAGUAGUCCCUUGCCUCUGCCAUCUUGGCUCGAAAUCAUAAUGGCCAAGCGUACAAAGAAGGUCGGCAUCACAGGGAAGUAUGGCACACGCUACGGUGCCUCACUGCGUAAGAUGGUCAAGAAGAUUGAGAUCUCGCAGCAUGGGAAAUACACCUGUGUCUUCUGUGGAAAGGACGCCAUGAGGAGGAAGUGUGUGGGCAUCUGGCACUGCAAGGCCUGCCGAAAGGUAGUCGCUGGAGGUGCAUGGGUCUACAGCACCUCUGCCGCAGCAACAGUCCGGAGUGCCGUCCGCCGCCUCCGUGAAAUGAAGGAAACAUAGACAGUUUUCAGGAUACGGACUACAAGAGAUUUAAUGUAACUAUGAUCGGGAAUUCACGACUCACAUGCAACACCACUGGGAUAUGCCAUGCCAUCAACACACACUGGGCCAACCGUACGACGGCUACAACGCUUACCCUGUGGUCUGGACAAUGUUCCUCAUUUGCUACCGGAGAUAAUUUCAGUUUUGAAUUUGAGAAAUAAAUCCACAGGAUGAUCUGAGGGAAGCGUAUAUAA